AUGGUCCCCGGGCCGCGGCUGCGGCUGCUCGCGCUGGCGCUCGGGCUGGCCCUGGGGCUGGCCCUGCUGCGCCCGGCCGCCGGGGAGCGCGCGCCAGGCGCCACCCCCUGCUCGCGCGGCAGCGCCUGGAGCGCGGACCUCGACAAGUGCAUGGACUGCGCGUCGUGCCCGGCGCGGCCGCACAGCGACUUCUGCCUGGGCUGCGCUGCGGCUCCCCCGUCCCCCUUCCGGCUGCUGUGGCCCAUCUUGGGGGGCGCCCUGGGGCUGGCCCUGGUGCUGGGGCUGGUUUCCGGCUUCCUGGUCUGGAAACGGUGCCGCAGGAGAGAGAAGUUCACCACCCCCAUCGAGGAGACGGGCGGCGAGGGCUGCCCCGGCGUCGCGCUGAUCCAGUGACGGCGAGCGCCCCUGCCCGCGGAAGGCGCCCCACGCCUCCUUCAUUCACUCAUUCAUUCACCCCGGAGCCCGCCCGCCGCCCGGCCCGGACACCGCCGGAGCUCAGCCGCAGGGGCGCGGAGGGGGGUGCGGGUGAAUCACCUCUGAGGUCCCGGCUGCGCUUCAGCAGCCUGCCGAGGCGUCUCUGGCCUCAGGACAGGAGACCCACGCGGGCUGACAGCACAGUGAACACUAAGGAACUGCAGCGUUUGCACAAUGGGGUCCCCUACCCCCCAGCACCGGGGCCAGACCACACCGGCCUCACCCACCCAGAUGUCCUGACACUUCACCACGGGGCCUCAGCCUGGGGGGUCAGGGACCCCUUCCUAACACUAGGGGGCUGGCCCUCUAGGGGGCUGGCCCUAAGACACUGCCCCCCCACCCUCAAAAGGGGGGGAAAUAUUUAUUUGGGGAGAAAGUUUGGAGGGAAGGGAGAAUUUAUUAAUAAAAGAGUCUUUAACUUGAAAUGGAUUGGAGUGGCCGGAUCCCCAGGCCUGACCUCCCAGAGCCCGCGGGAGGGAGUGAGUCAGCCGCGGGGGCGGGGGCGAGGCUCUGACUCACACAUUCUCAAUG